AUGGCAGAUAAUGACAUUUUCCUGGGCCUGGCACAGGCUGAGGUCAACAAGGCAGUGGCAUGGCUGGAAGACGCGCGCCACAUGCCAGCGUCCAGUGGUUUUUCGCCAACGCAAUGGCUGUGGCAUUGGUUUUCCUCUACGCCAGCCUUUGCGCCUGUCACAGAAGCUGCGGAAAAGAUGGACGCUGUCUUUGGCUUUAGCUCUGGCGAUUGGGCUUUUCAUUGGAUUGAAGAGAUGGAAAAGGCUACCCUGAACCCAGCUUCAGCUUCUUCCCAGGCCGCGCCAACGCAGACUACUUUGGAUAGCAAGUGGCCGCACUUUCCUAAUGGCCACCGCUCCCUGGGAUUGGCACCUGCAGACCUUCUUCGUGCACAUACGUGGUUGGAGGAGGCAGCUUCUUUCAAGGGUGCCAGCGGCUGGGAGGAAGACGAUUGGCUUCGUUAUUGGAUGGAGCAGGAUCCCAUCUUUGAGACUUUGCUUCAGCGCGCUAAGGAGGCCAACCAUGGCUGGAAUAUCGGUCAAUGGCUUUGGCUUUGGGUGUCGCAAGCUGACAGACCUCAGCCUCCUCCGGCGCCUCCUUUGGACACCGCGCCGCCUUUGGCUACCCGAAUCGGGCCGGACGCGUUCCUGCUCAGCCAGCACAAUGAGACGAUUAUCGUCCGGCAGAUUUACUGCCGUUCCACCUGUCAGGACUGCGGGGCUGGCCAUUGCGGAGUCGUGCUGACACGCGAAGACUUACCUCAUCGGCACCGCUGCCUUCUCGCGCAGCCGACGCCCUCAGACAAGCUCUCAGUUCUUUGGGAAUCUUUGAGCCUGGAUUUCCCAGAAGAAGUUGCUUCCCAUUCGGAGCUGAACCGCACCAUCCGCAAUUUUGGUUUCUUGGCUACCUCCUUUGAUCAGUUGGAUCAAUGGUUGGAGUCACACGGUCUCCUGGACUUUGGCUCCGGGACGCAUGCAGACCUGCGGUGUCUUUGGCACAGGUCUCAUGCCUUGGCUUGCUCUGAGGGACAAACAGCAGCUGUGCCCUUUCCGCCGCAAUCCCCUGCUUUGCCCUUGCCGCAGGACCAGUCCCUCAGCUCGGCUUCAGACCCCAGCCGCACCGUGUCUGCCGCCGCAUCAUGGAAUGAGCCUUUCCCAGCUAAGCUCUCAUCAGACAAAACGGCCGAGCUUCGAGCCGCUUUUCUGCGGAAAUACCCUAGCGAGGUGUUAGACGACUCCACCAUGCCUUCGGCCCGUCUCCUUGCUUUGGCUUUCAAACAAGCCUCGUCACAAGAGUGGCGCUUCAUCCCUUGGCGUUGGCGCAUGUCAGUGCUUGAGCUUCAAGAGCAGCAGUUGCAGCGCCCUCGCAAGCUAGCCAGGACCGAGUUGGCAGACCUCAUCUUGGACGAUAUCCCUUCUCGGAACCUCCCGGACACACUGGGCAUGUUUGCUUUGAGCAAGAUUUUGCACUUGCAUAGCGUGGCGAUGGCCAUGGUCACUGACGUGCAUUUGGUGACGCUUAAGAAGUAUGAGUCUACUUUCCUCCGCUUUGCUUCGGCCCGCUUUGACUCUAGCAGUGGCCUCCGCCCACCCAAUGCAUUGGAGUGUGAGCAAGCAGACCGUCGCUUCUGGGAGGCCGUGUCUGAGCUCCGUUUGCAAGGUUGGUCUCUGGACGACUGCAUCCAUGAGAACACAGCCGUCCGCAGCGAGCUGGCUUCUCUUUUGGCACCGCGCGUUUUCCUGCCCAAGGCCAUGCGCCGCCCAGAGGGCAAAGGAGCAGGUGGAGGAAAAGGCAAUAGCCCCGGUGCUGGCUUUGGCAACGGACGGGGGCGCGGCAAAGGCAAGGGGGACGGGCGAGGUCGUGGGAGUGGCCUUGGCACCGGUCGUGGGGGAUCCGGUCUGGGCAACCAAGGCAACUCCGCAGGGACCCCCACAAAUCGCCAGGCACUCGAGCCUAUGCUUUCCAUUUUUCCUCACGCGGGGGAGUUGGCUCUGUCUGUUCCCGACUCGCCAUCCCCAAGAAGCCACACAGAUCCCGAUGUGGCUACUUCAGCCCCAGACAGCCCCAAUCCCACGCUGUCUUUGGCACCAGUCACCACAGAAACCAUGCCGGGACCUUUUCCUCCUAUCUCCUCGCGGGUCGCCUCCGCCCUACAGUCUGUCCGGGAUUUCAAGCAACCUUUCUUCCUGGACAUUUGCGCGGGAGCGGGUUCCCCACUCAGCUUAGCUUUCUUGGAGCAGGGCGUACCGUGCUUGUCCAUUGACAUUCUCAUUGACACAAACAUGGAUCUUCUCCAGGACGACUUCUUUGAGCACUUGCUGCGCAUUUGCACGUCCCGGCAGGUGGCUCUUGCGCACGCUGCCCCCCCCUGCAAGGAGUACUCCCGCCUGAAACUCCUUCCGAGAGGCCCUAAAGCACUUCGGACUCCGGCAUUCCUGAACGGCCUUCCCGAUUUGUCGGCAUCGCAGGCCCUCAGGGUCCAGGAGAGCCACCUUGUCUUUGUACGCUGCGUUCAGCUGCUGCAUGUCAGCUUCUCUUGCGGUGCGCAAGUGUCUCUUGAACAGCCCCCCAACAGCAUGGCCUGGAUGGAGCCGAUUGCGACCAACUUCUUGGCAGCCAUCAGUGCGGAUCUGGUCCAUGUGGCCGCUUGCUCCGUCGAUCUUGACAUGCACAAAGCCUGGCUUUUUGCCACGUCUUUUAGGGCCUUUCAGGCUUUUGCUUCUACAUGUCCGCACACCGAGGGGACCCACUUGGCUCUGCAGGGUUUGCGUGAUGAGUUUGGCAACUUUUGCAGCCGGGCUUCGGCAGAGUACCCCCGCCCUUUAGCGGACAUGUGUGCGGAGCAAGCUCUGCCCCUAUUCGACGUGAAACAAGGGGGAGGGGUGGCCCUUUCUUUCGCCUCGGUCCCUUUGCUUUCCAAGCCUAAGGCCCUACAUGAGGCUCCCGUGGCCUCACAAGAUGGGGCCGGCAUCUUUUCCACGCCAGACUGGAGUGCUCCACCCUCGGGAGCCACCGAUGUGUUUGCGCACCUUAGGCCUAAGUUGAUGGCCUUUCUUCUUCAUGGUCGCUUCCCACAACGUUUGCGCACUUUGGUUUUGGGAGGCUCCGCGGAACCCCUGUUCUCCAGCUCAGAGAUAGACGAUUUGCGUGGCAUCUUCCAGGAUUGGCUCUCCGCGCAUUUCCCGGCCAUUUCCGUAUCCUGGGAAAUCUCUGCAGGGCAACCAUACUGCCUCCAGGCGCUGGCAGCUGUCUCACGCAUUUGCCAAGAUCGAGACUCAUCCCUUUUCACUUGCCUGGAACAAGGUGUGCCUACUGGCUUUGACGGAGACAUUCCCUUGUCCAAUGUCUUCUUGCCACAAGGUGGGGGCCAUCCUUUCGAGCAAUCACUUGGCAUUUGUCAUGGUAAUUGGUCCAGCGCUGAAGCGGAUCUUCCGACCUUGCAUGCCUUAGUGGAAGAGGAGAUCUCCAAUGGCUGGUUCUUGGAGCUGGAUUCUUUGGAAGCAGCUCAAGAGCGUUUUGGCGACAAGCUGGCCAUUGGAAAGAUGUCUAUAGUUAAAGCUGAAGGCAAAAAGCCCCGUCUUGUGGUGGAUUCUACUGUCUGUGGUCCUGGCCGUCGUUGGCUCUUUUACCGCGUUUGCCCUUCCGGAGCGAACUUCUCGGCCCUCUGGUUUCAGCGUCUUGGAAGCUUUUUCCUUCGCACCCUUCACCUUUGGACCUGGCUCCGACACGCCCUACUGGGCUAUGUGGACGAUUUUAUCCUGUUUCAGGACCAGGAGAUCAUCGGCCUUACAGCGUGCAUGACUUUGGCCUUUUGUGCUUUGUUCAACAUACCCUUGUCCAAUGCCAAGUUACAGCUUGGCAGCUGUAUCCAUUGGAUAGGCUGGCACUUUUCCUUCGGCUCUGGCACUUUCUCCAUUCCGAUUGAAAAAGUCCAGAAGCUAAAGCGCUUGCUGCAGGAAGCUUUGCAAGGUCGCCAUGUUGCAAAACGGACCCUGGACAAGGUCACCGGGUUGUUGCAGUGGUUUUGCAAGCUGUAUAAGCAUUUCAAGCCCUGGCUGCAAACCCUCUACGCUGAUGCCAACCGCCCAUUGGCCACCAACUACAGCAUUGACCCUGGCGAUUGGCCCGGCUUGGCCAUUUGUGUUAACGAGGGUCUUGUCUUCACUUCCACGCCGCCGGGAACGAGCAUUCCGACAGGCGCGAAGCUCAUUGAGGCCAGGCACUUGGCACUGCAGUCUAAGAAAGACCUUGCCAAAAUUCCCACAUCCAAGCGCAUUUGGAUGAGAGUGACAGACCCCUCCACCACUCGCCGCAAGCUUUCAGUUUCCAGCCGCGAAAGCCUUCAGUUCUGGCUUAAGUGGUGUGAGGUUCCACCCCUUUUCUUUCCUUUGCAGAAACCUGCGGACGUUCCCAUCGUCUGCGCUGCUGCCGACGCCCGCGCAGAUGGGGACCUUGUGCCAGCUCACCAGGACAUCACUUGCUAUGAGACAUUGGCACAGCUCGGCCUAAUUCUUUGUCUCCAUUCCGUGGUGCCUUUGGCACGCUGGACAGUCCGUCUCCGCACUCUGUCCGACAACACAGGCGCAGAAGCAGGCAUCAACAAGCUCUACAGCUCCGCUUUCCCUUUGUCAGUGUUUCUGAAACGCCUCUCCAUGUUGGCGUGUCUUACUGGCAUUGAGCUUGACGUCUUCCACGUCCCUGGCGAAAAGAACGACGAUGCGGAUUUGCUCUCCCGCUGGAGUGACGAGUCCCAGCCCUUGCCUGCAAAGUUUCUUUCGGACUUCCGUGUGGAUUGCAGCCUGGCACGCAUCUGGCACUUUCGUUCAGAUGUGCGUCUUUGGCCUCCAGAUGCCAAACUCAAAUGGCAGCCGCCUUAG